CGUGGGGUGGGAGGAUGGACGCCAUGCCAAUGAGUCAUGCGAAACACGAGUUGGGUUGGGAACCACAUCAACAACCAGGUCUCACUUCACUCACACUCUCUCUCCCCGACAGUCUCCUACUCAGAUCAUAUUCCUCUACUUUUCUGUUCCUUAUCUUCAAAACCCUAAUAUAGGAUUCUUACAUAUAUGACCCUCCUCCUAAUGCACAUGUCACUUGCAAUUCAAUGUACCUGGACACCCCUUCAAAUGCCUAGACUUAGGCCGCCGAGCUUUGGUCCUUUUCUACUUCAUUCCCCCCACACAAAUUUCUUCCCAAGUUUUGGUGACAUUAGGAGCCGAAUCACCACUUACCCGUGUUUCAUGGCGGCUAUUUCGACUGUUUCUACCCAGAAAGAGCCCGUUUUGAACGAGGACGAGCCGACCCAGAAGACCCUUCAGCCCUCGCAGGUUGCACAGCGUUUGGAGAAGUUCAAAACUACGAUCUUCACACAAAUGAGUAUGCUUGCCAUCAAACACGGAGCAAUAAACCUUGGACAGGGCUUCCCCAACUUUGACGGUCCUGAAUUUGUGAAAGAAGCAGCCAUUGAAGCCAUUAAAGCCGGGAAAAACCAAUAUGCCCGCGGAUAUGGAGUUCCUGACCUCAACUCUGCUAUCUCUGAAAGGUUCAAAAAAGAUACCGGACUUGUGGUGGACCCAGAAAAGGAAGUUACCGUCACCUCAGGAUGCACCGAAGCAAUUGCUGCGACCAUGUUGGGUUUAAUAAAUCCCGGUGAUGAAGUGAUUGUAUUCGCUCCAUUCUACGAUUCUUAUGAAGCCACCCUGUCAAUGGCCGGUGCCAAAAUCAAAUGCAUCACAUUACGACCCCCAAAUUUUUCGGUGCCUCUUGAUGAGCUCAAGUCGACAAUCUCAAAGAAUACUCGAGCUGUUCUCAUAAACACCCCACACAAUCCCACGGGGAAAAUGUUCACUAGGGAAGAACUCAACACGAUUGCAUCUCUAUGCAUUGAGAAUGACGUGUUGGUUUUCACCGAUGAAGUUUAUGACAAGUUGGCUUUUGAAAUGGACCACAUUUCUAUGGCUUCUCUUCCUGGAAUGUACGAGCGGACCGUUACUUUGAAUUCAUUGGGAAAGACAUUCUCUUUAACAGGUUGGAAGAUUGGGUGGGCCAUAGCUCCCCCGCACCUGACUUGGGGUGUGCGUCAAGCACACUCGUUCCUCACUUUUGCCACGUGCACUCCAAUGCAGCAUGCGGCUGCAGCGGCUCUUAGAGCCCCCGAGUCUUACUACGAGGAGCUAAAGAGGGAUUACUCAGCAAAGAAGGCGAUUUUGGUCGAAGGGCUAAAGGCUGUUGGUUUCAAGGUAUACCCCUCAAGUGGAACCUAUUUUGUAGUGGUCGAUCACACCCCAUUUGGGCAAGAAAAUGAUGUUGCAUUUUGUGAGUAUCUGAUCAAGGAAGUCGGGGUGGUAGCGAUUCCGACGAGCGUGUUUUACUUGAACCCGGAAGAUGGAAAGAAUCUUGUGAGGUUUACUUUCUGCAAAGAUGAGGGCACGCUAAGGAGUGCAGUUGAAAGGAUGAAAGAGAAGCUAUUGAGGAAGUGAAGAUCCGAAAUGGAUAUUGUUUGAACCCGGAUCUAUUGUGCACCAAAUAGAUUUAUGUUGUUUAGCGAUAAGCAUUCGGUACUAGAGGUAAAUUCUUUUUUUCUUUCUCCAAGGCCAGUUUAUGUGAAUUAAUAUACAUUUUGAAUAAAUUGAAAUGAAGUAGCAAAUUUACUAAUUGAAAUCA